AUGGAGGUUCUGGUUGCCUAUGGUUUGUAUUCAUCGUUGCAGAAGCCAGAUGAAACGCAUCCGUAUGGUUAUAUCCCGAUGCGUAAUGUGUCGUCUCUGAUCAGUGGUGUUGCAAUUUUCUUCCUUGGCGCUGGUCUCACGUUCUACCACAGUGUACAAGGUGUCUUACAACCACAUGCAUUUGAAUCUGUCAAUUUGGCUUUAAUGGUAAUGCUGGGCUCACUUCUCUCCGAAGGAAGCACUCUAGCAUUUGCAUAUCGCGAAGCUCUAAGAAGUGCCAAACGUUUAAACUUUGAUUCUGUUAGACACUGGUUAUUUUCUGGAGUUGACCCUAGUACCAGCAUGGUUUUACUUGAAGAUUUCGCUGCAGUUAUUGGUGUUAUGGUGGCAGGAUCUGCUAUGGCCAUAACUGCUUACACUGGGCAUGUUUUACCUGAUGCAAUCGGAGGGAUAUGUGUCAGUGCAAUCCUGGCUGUAGUCGCUGGUUUGAUUAUACAUACAAAUACUGAAAUGUUGAUCGGAAGAGCUAUUCCAGUUGAAAAUCAAGAAGCUAUCAUGCGUGUGAUUGACAAUGUCAAAAUUAUUCGUGGAACAUAUGACAUAAAAGCUACAAUGAUUGGUGGCGAAGAAAUACGAUUCAAAGCAGAAGUUGAUAUCGAUGGUCGUGAACUAACUAAACGUUAUCUGGAAACUUUAUCGUUGGACGAUCUACUCAGCGAAGUGAAAACAUCAAAACUGAGCAACAACUGGCUCACUUUAUGCUUAAGCAUGGCGAUAACUUGGUGAACACACUUGGAGCCGAAAUCAAUCAAAUUGAGGAAAAGAUAAAGAAAAAAUUUCCAAACGUAACUCAUAUUGAUAUUGAGAUCAACUGAUAUCUAAUUCAUUUAAAUCCCGAAAGUGCUUUUGUCAUUCAACUUGCCCUUCUCGCUGUAUAUUUGUAGCUUCUCUGUGAUUUUCACUGUAAAUUGUACUGUAAACGUAAGAUUAAAAAUGUAUAUAUAUGCAGAAAUUUGGAAUGCUGAAUUCACAAAAUUUCACAUACGAUUCUUGUCAAAUAAAUGUUUUUGGAAAUAAAAUUUGUGGUGCUUCAAUGAUAAUAAUAAUGCGUCAGUAGUUACAGUUGGAACAAACUGUGGAUAUAAGCAUUAGCUUGUAUCAUAACAGAAAUGAACGAUUGUUAAAACUAGUUAGGUUAUUGUUAUCGCCGCUAAUAUACUGUUUUAAAAUCGAAUUUUCAAGAGUUGUCCGCACCCAGUAUUCAAUGAAGCCUAUAACUCAUGAUCAAACAGGAAAAAUAAAAUUUGUGUAUUUA